CUAUCCGAUCCAGACGGAUGGAGAUGUAGACGCGGCCUGGAGACUCGGAGUCUGCAGGUGCUUGAAUGAGCCCGACACCAGCCUCUGCCCCCGGGUGCCCGACGUAACAACAAGGAUCCCACUGGUCGCCCCUGGCAUGCCCCACAAGUCUUCAGCCUGAGUUGGCAGCCUCCGCCUCUGCCAGCCGCCACCCUGCACUGUUCCGGCUCCCCCGAGGGUCCCACGCUGCAGUGCGGCCAAGACUCCUCCUUGCAGGGGCCACCCCCACCAACUGCCCCUGGUGCCCGGGGUGGCCCGGCCCGCAGGGCCAUGAAGCUGCAGGCGGUGAUGGAGACUCUCAUUCAGAGGCAACAGCGUGCCCGGCAGGAACUGGAGGCUCGGCAGCCUCCACCACCCCCACCACCUGAACCCAGUAGUGUCCGGGCUCGGACCACCAUGACAGAAGAGGACAGGGAGCCUGAGAAUGCCCGGAUGCAUAGGACACAGAUGGCUGCCCUGGCUGCCAUGCGAGCUGCUGCCGCCGGCUUGGGACAUCCGUCCUCUCCCAGGGACUUUGAGGACAGGCCUCCUGGCUUGGAGGAUGAAGACACAUCCCGGGAAGGGACUCUGAGUUCACCUGCCCUGCCUGGAAGUGGCCUGGAGGGACCAGGACACACCGAGGGAGACGGGCAUUUGAUGGACGUGGGCUCUGACGAUGACAUGAAGCCCAAGUGGGAGGAACAAGAGCUGGAAGAACUGGGGGAGGAGGAAGAGGAUGAGGAAGAGGACGAUGACUUUGAGGAAGAGGAAGAGGAAGAAGAAGAAGGUCUGGGCCCCCCAGAGUCUGCCAGCCUGGGCUCUGCAGGCCUGUUCACCCACAAGGCCCCGCUGGCUCAGGCUUUCCGUGGGGAUGGUGGUCCCAGGAUGCUGAGUGGCCCUGAGCGCCUGGGCCCUGGCCCAGCCCACCCCAGUCAUGUGGCAUCCCAGAUGCCACCACCAGACCAUGGAGACUGGACAUUUGAGGAGCAGUUCAAACAGGUAGGCCAUGUGCUUGGAUCUGGCCCCUUGGGGGCCUUUGAUCGUCCCCACAGGCCCCAGGCAUUUUGA